CUUCACCCUUAGUCCCUGUCCCAGCAGCCUUUGAGUGAACAAAAUGGCUGCUCCCAUGCAACGGGGGUUGUUUUGCUUAUCCAGGGCUUUAGGAUGGUGGUCUCAGCAGCCACUUCUGGUGAUGCAGUCCAUAGCUGUAGUUCCAGUGAGAACUAAAAAACGUUUCACACCUCCUACUUACGAACCCAAAUACAAAUCAGAAAAGGACUUUGUACAACAUGCCCGGAAAGCAGGAGUGGUCAUUCCUCCAGAACGUUUGGAGCGCCCCAUACAUUUGGCCUGUACAGCUGGUAUCUUUGAGGCCUAUGUUCCUCCAGAGGGUGAUGCUCGCAUGUCAUCUAUUUCAAAGGAAGGACUGGCACAGAAAACUGAGCGAUUGAAGAAGAAUGUGGCAUCACAGAUGUCAAUACGGAAAAUAAAAGAAUAUGACGCUAAUUUUAAAAUAAAGGACUUCCCUGAAAAAGCUAAGGAUAUCUUCGUUGAAGCUCACCUUUGUCUAAACAACUCAGACUAUGACCGACUUCAUACCUUGGCAACUGAAAACUGUUUUCCGGACAUGGUCUGGGACAUCCAAUAUAAGACCGUCCGCUGGAGCUUCGUAGAAUCUCUAGAGCCACCCCAGGUGGUUCAGGUUCGCUGUUCAAGUAUGCUGACCCAGGGCAACAUAUACGGCCAGAUCACCGUCCGCAUGCAUACCCGUCAGACUUUGGCCAUCUAUGACCGGUUUGGCAGACUGAUGUAUGGACAGGAAGACGUACCCAAGGAUGUCCUGGAGUAUGUUGUUUUUGAAAAGCACCUGACAAACCCCUAUGGGAGCUGGAGAAUGCAUGGCAAGAUCGUCCCUCCAUGGGCACCCCCUAAGCAGCCCAUCCUUAAGACGGUGAUGAUCCCUGGCCCCCAGCUGAAACCGUGGGAAGACUAUGAAGAACUGCGAGGAGAGGCCCAUAAGCCUCAGCUAGCCUGAUGACAAAAGUGAUUCCUGGGGUGAAGUGUGGGUGAUGAGGUGGCUGGCAUCUGUGAAGUCACGCAUCUCCAUCAUGCUGUCGAAAGAAUCACCUCUGUUCUCUCCUCUUGUGCUGGGGUCUUUCCAGCAGUCUCAUCCUCAAUAUCCACAGCUGAGGGCGAGGCCCGGGUCCGGGGGCUGCCCUGCACAGCCCUGGACCCUCUUUCUCUUUUUUAAGUUUUAUAUCUACCUCCUGGGCCUAGAUGAAAGACACUUUGUUUCAGAGAACAUCUGACACCUGUCUUUCCCAUAGCAGGGACUGUCAGGAGCAAACUAGUAGAAUUUUCUUAUCACAGGACAGGCAUCAGAGUUUGAGAUAAAACAGUCUAAGUGUUUUGGAUCAGUUGUGGUGGGUUCUGUCCAUAUUCCCUGGUUCGGGUUAGAAGUAGACCAGCCUUCAAAUGGCAGAAAUGGAAGACAGGUUUAAUUGUGAGUGGUGUGACUUCCAGGAAAUGGAGACUUUGGGAAAAUAGUGUUUAUAAGAGAUGGUAUAAUUUAAGAGGGUCUUUUGUCACACAUUGACUCACUGAAUCAGCAUUUGUAUUUCACAGAAGAAUGUAAAUUCAAAGAAACAAUUUAUCCCCCA